GCACGAGGGGAUGUGACAAUGUUUCAGAAGAUGGUUUUAAGAGUUGCGAAGUUGUUUAAUUUGUAUAAAGUAAUGCCGUGAAAUGCUUUUAAAUAUUUAAAUCGUGAAUUCUUUUUGAAUUAUUGAACGUUAUACAGAUUUAUAAGAUGUGUUUAAAGGGUCUUGGUUCAACAAUUUCUGAAACUGUGAAAGAAUAAACAUGAUUACAUAUCCAGAUUAUAGUCAGAGACCAGAAGAUCAUCAGGCUCUGUUAAUUUUAGUCAAACAAAUUGGUCCUGAAAUUAAACAGAAAACUUUUAAUAAAAUAUUUGAACAAAUAUCGCGUGUACAAUAUUUAAAAAUUCAAGACCCUAAUCAAUCUAAUAAUCACAGAGGAAUAUGGUUAAGAUACAAGAAAUCAUAUCCGACAGAAAAUAAUGAAUGGGGAGAUUUUCAAGCACAUCGCAAAGUUUUAGGUCUUUUAAGUUUAGGAAAAUGUGUCAAUUCUUCAGAAAUUGAAGAACUGCACAGACAGCAUAAUUUAAUUCAAGAAAAAUACAGUUCCACAUUGUUCGAUUCUCGCUGCCUUAUAUUCGGUGUAAAUCCUAACAGCCAGACUUCUAACAAUUUAGUCAAAGAUAAAUCAGAAUGCAAUAAUACUUCAAAACAGCUAACAAAUGACUGUACAGAUGUGCCUGAUUUAGAAAAGUGUUCAAAUAGUGUUGGAAAAAGUAAAUGUGUUAAUGAUUUAGAAUUGAAUAGAACUAAGAAGGAAAGUAACAAAAAUGUUUCUGAUGAUGAACGAGAAAAGAAUGAAAUUUCCUCUGCAGAUAGUUUGCAUGUUCAGUCAGAGAAUAAAACCUCACCUAUGGGAUACCUAAAUUUAAUGAUACCAUUAACAGUAAAAUCUAGAAGUACACACUGUAUCUUGUAUUCGGGUAUUGACGAUUGUGAUCAGUUAGAACAGGAUUUAAUGGAAUUCGGCUCUUCAUUGUUUUGGGUUUUAGAAUCAAAAAGACUGGAUCGUUCCUUCGAAAAACAGGAUAAAGUAAUUUUAUUAACUGCUCCUUUUGAAAAGAAAGACUUUGUUGGACUCGAUACGGAUUCCAGGGUGUAUAAGAAAAGAUGUAUAGGACGUAUGAAAAAAUACAUAGGUGAUCUUUCACUUCAAGCCGGAAUGCCAGUUGAGGCGCUUGUACAUUAUUCUUCAGCUAUCGACAAUUUAAGAUCUAUCAAUGACUGGCUCUGGUUAGCAUCGGCUUACGAAGGCCAGUGUGCCGCAUCAAUCAUCUUACAGUAUCCACCACAGUUUAGCCCUGCAUUGCACCGCAAUUCAUCUUUUCCAGUUGGAAAUUCAGGAAAUAUAAAAAUAAGAUCAGUCUCUCAUAGCCGAAGUUUGCCCAAUUCAGUGGAUUCGUCAGAUUUCAAGAACUUUGGAAAAAACGUUCUAUCUCCCGAAGAAAUACUUGAGAAAUACAAAGAAGUUAUCUCUCAUUAUAAUAAGUUCCAUAAUGCAGCUGUGAUUGAAUUAGAGUGCAAUCUUAAAGCAGCCAGAGUACUUAUUUUGCAAGAAAAAUAUCUGCAAGCGUCAGAAUUUGUUCAUAAUGCUCUCAAUAUUAAUCUUCAACAAAGUGAGGAUGAUAAAAUCAAUCAAUUUGUUACAUUAGCUCAGUUAUAUGAAGAAAUUGGUUUUCAUAGAAAAUCUGCAUUUUUUAAGAGAAUGGCUGCUCUCCAAUGUGUUUCUCCACAGAAUUCUAAAUGCAACUGGAAUAAAUGUUACCAUCAUCUCCUUCAGACAUUGGAUGGUUAUAAAUUAACUCUUGAUCCAAAGGAUGUUCCUCGAGAUAUUAUGAACGGAUGGCCUUGUUUACAGAUUCAAACUUUAUAUGAACUUGUUACGACUGCAACAAGAAUGGGUAAUCAACCAUUAGCUGUUAGACACAUGACUUUCCUGUUGCAUGUUUUACUGGAUUAUCUAACACCUGCAGAGAAGGAAGAAUAUUGUUUACAAUUAGAAUCGCUAACAAGUAAUUGCGAAGGAUGUCCUAAACCUCUCGCACUGGACAGUGGCGUAAUUAUUCCUCCUGUAAAUUUGCUCACUUUUCCACAAGUUAGAUCAUUUAAGUUACAGAAUUUAGCACCUCAUUUACGCCCAGUUAAAGUAAAUUUUAAACAGACAACGGAACAGUGUGGUCCUUUCAUUUUCUGUCCUAUUCAGUUAAACAAAAAACCAAGAGGUAACACUAAUAAAAUAGAUUUUAAGUGGGUAGAAGAUGAUGUUUGUGAAGUUGCAUUACAAGUAUUCAAUUUAUUGCCAUUUGAACUGAAAGUUACAAAUAUGGGUUUACUAACAGAGGGAAUUCCUUUUGAAAGUUUUCCCGCUUGCCUAUCUCUUCCGGCUCAUUCAGGCCCAUAUCCUGUAAAUUUAUUUGGUACGCCGCGUGGAAGAGGUGAAUUGCGCAUUUUAGGAUAUACAACUCAGGUUUUGGGUGUCAAAAGUAAUUGCAAAUUGAGAGAUCUGAAUGGGAUCAAGAGACCGUUCUAUUGUAUCGAUAUCAUUCCGGCACUUCCUCAGUUACAAGUUACAACUUCGCUUCCCAAGGCGAGCACUUUUUCUUCACUUGCUAAUUCCAGUGCUGUCGUAAUGAGUGCUGCGGUCACAAUAUUUGCCGGCGAAAGUCGAGAAUGUACGAUCACUCUGACCAAUACUGGAAAAGAAAUGGUGGAACGAAUAGACAUCAGCGUACAGGUUAAAUCAGAUAAAUCUAAAGAAUCAUCUUUUUUCACUUGGAGCCAAGAAAAUUUAGCGAUGCAACUUCCGAUCACUCCAGGAAGUUCGGCUUGUUUUACUUUGUACAUAAAUGGUCUCGGAGAAUUUGUAUAUCCGACACACAAGAAACCAAUAGAAAGAAUAGGAACGCCUAGCAAAAAUACCCCUGUACAUAUUUCUUCUGUUGAUCUUUAUCCUCCAAAGUCAGUCGAGGCAAUUUUACAAAUACAGUAUAGCGGUGGACCGGGCAUGAGAGAAGAAUACUGUCGCCAUUGUUCUGUUGCCAUCACAGUCGAAAUUCUUCCUUCGCUGGUGAUAAGUAAAUGGGAUGUUCUUCCAGCAGAUAUGCCAUCACAGUGUUAUCUCGUAUUAGACAUUCUCAAUGCUUCCAAUUACGAAAUGGAGCUUCAGUAUUCUACCAACAAGAAGAUUUUGAUCGAAGCCAAAGAUACGUGCCGAAUUCCCGUUGCCGUCGAAAGAUGCCCACCCGUUGCUUUUCACCAAGAUGGCGACGGAAAUGAAACGACCAUUCAGUCUCUUUGUCACCAGCAUUUAGUAAAUCUGGUCGACUUAAAUUGGACUUUGCCGACAAUAGGAAUUUCGGGUCGUGCUUCGAUCGUAGAUGUAACUUGGACGGAAAGUAUGAUGGACGUGAUAAUGAUAUCGCCAAUUCAUUGGGAGAUGAUGUUGAAUGGACACGAAUUUAAAGUCGAAGAGGAAUUUAAUUUUAUCGUGGGCGAGUUGGUAGUACUUAAUAUCACAAUACAUAAUAUUUCAGAUGCCAUUCUUGAAUCUGUUCAACUUUGCAUCCAAGGUUAUCAAGACCAUCAAAACGGACAUUAUAAUUAUCGAUUAGAAAAUAAGAGAGCCAUCAUAGGAAGUGACAAAGUUCUAAUUCCAAAGGUUUUACCACACGAUCACUAUCGCCACGAAUGCGGCCUCGUGUUUUUUCACACGGGCGUGUAUAAGUUUGACGUGCAGUGUAGCAGUUACGUUUUGAACAAAUUGAACACAAAUAGAAAAUCUAUAAAAAACUUACAUACCUGGAAGUGCACCCCAUCUAUAGAAUUAACGGUUGUAGAUUAAGUUUAGAUCGGAAACCGAGACGUUCGCCCAACAAAUUUUUAUCCUAGAAUUUAUUCCAUCCAGAAUGAAUUUGAAAAGAUUCUUAAUUCUGUGAAUUAUUUGGAGAUAACGAAAUUCCAAUGUUACAAAAUUUCCUGAUGUUACUGAAGUGAUUGAAAGUGAUAAGAUUACCAAACACUUCUGGUGUCUUUCUCCACCUUGAAAAAAGGAAAAAAAAAUCAAACUCUCAACUUUAAAUGUAUAAAAUUGUGUAAUAUAAGAAAAAAAUAUAAAACAGGAUCAAUAAUUUGCCCAAUAUUUUAAGAAAAAUAAAUAAAUAAAUG